AUGAUGACGCGUCGCCUCCCGUCGUCCCGUGUCGUGCUGGCCCUCGCGCUCGUGGCGCUCCUCUGCUUCGCGGGCGUCGAUCACGCGGCGUGCAGCGCGCGCUCGCUCGGCCUUCCAAGAUUCGGCGGCUUGGUGGGGGGAUCGGGGACACGCGGAGCCUGGUCCUUCUUCCGCCCCCCGCGGACCAGCGGCGGCGGCGGAAGUGGCGCGAUGAGCGGCGGGCAGAGCGGGCAGGGCGGGUUCGGGUCGCAAGGAGGUGGCGGGAUGAGCGGACCAACGGGUAAUGCGGGCGGAGGGGGCAUGGGCGGAGGGGGCAUGGGCGGAGGAGGCAUGGGCGGAGGAGGCAUGGGCGCAGGAGGCAUGGGCGCAGGAGGCAUAGGCGCAGGAGGCAUGGGCGGAGGAGGCAUGAGCGGAGGAGGCAUGAGCGGAGGAGGCAUGGGCGGGGGAGGCAUGAGCGCAGGAGGCAUGGGCGGAGGAGGCAUGGGCGGAGGAGGCAUGGGCGAGGGAGGCAUGGGCGGAGGAGGCAUGGGCGGAGGAGGCAUGGGGGGAGGAAGCAUGAGCGGAGGAGGCAUGGGCGGAGGAGGCGUGGGUGGGGGAGGCAUGGGCGGAGGAGGCAUGGGCGGAGGAGGCGUGGGUGGGGGAGGCAUGGGCGGAGGAGGCAUGGGCGGAGGAGGCAUGGGCGGAGGAGGCGUGGGUGGGGGAGGCAUGGGCGGAGGAGGCAUGGGCGCAGGAGGCAUGGGCGGAGGAGGCAUGGGCGCAGGAGGCAUGGGCGGAGGAGGCAUGGGGGGAGGAAGCAUGGGCGGAGGAGGCGUGGGUGGGGGAGGCAUGGGCGGAGGAGGCAUGGGCGCAGGAGGCAUGGGGGGAAGCAGCGGGUCAUCGGUUCCCCCUGCCUUUUUCCGCCUGCCCUGUUCCCCCUUCCUUGUUCCCCCUGUCUUGUUCCGCCUGACCUGUUCCCCCUGCCCUGUUCCCCCUGCCUCCCCCUGCCCCGUUCCCCCUGCCCCGUUCCCCCUGCCCCGUUCCCCCUGCCCCGUUCCCCCUGCCCCGUUCCCCCUGCCCCGUUCCCCCUGCCCCGUUCCCCCUGCCCCGUUCCCCCUGCCCCGUUCCCCCUGCCCCGUUCCCCCUGCCCUGUUCCCCCUGCCCCGUUCCCCCUGCCCCGUUCCCUCUUCCCCGUUCCCCCUGCCCUGUCCUCCCGGCCAUGGCAGGGUGAUGGAGAGCAACGGGUGUCCGGGGUACGCAUGGCGGGGGCAGGCCACGCAGUACUCGCCAGUGCAGCAGGCGCUGUCCUUCGCCGUGCCGCUCGCCCCCACGCUCGCCUCCUCCACCAUCCCCGUCGCCCUCAGCGGCACCUGCAAGAUGGGGCCCAUCGGCUUCGUACUCAACGGCGUGCCCUUCUACAGGUGCAGGGGGGGAGGGAGGGGGGAGAGGGAAGGGGCGAGGGGGAGAGGGCAGUACGAAGAAGCGUGUGAGUCCCAGUGGUGUGCAUACCAUCUCACGCCCGCAUCGUCCCUCCGUGUCUCUUCCCCUCCCUCUCCCCCUGGCAGUGCGUGUGACGCCCUGGGGCGGGACGCCUUGCAGUACGAGGGCGCCACGUUUGACGCAUGUGGCGGGCACCCCACGCCCUCAGGCCAGUACCACUACCACGUGGCGCCCGGCGUCGCCAACCCCUCUGCCAUCUCCGCAUCUCGCUCCACCAACUUCAACCUCUGCAAGUGCGCUCCCCCAUUCCCUCACCUGCAACCUCUGCUCCUUCCAUGUACCAUGCGCUGCCUCAUGCCAUUCACCUCCGCGUCCUUCUGGCAGGACGCCCCCGGGCAGCACUCGCCACUGCUGGGCUUCCUGGCGGACGGCAUCCCGCUCUUCGGCCCGCGGGGAGCGGGGGGAGCGCUGCCGGCAGGGGUGGACGAGUGUGGGGGGCACGUGGGCGACGGCAGUGGGGGCGAGCCGGCGUUCUACCACUACCACGCCAGCAGCACCGCGCCCUACACUGUCGCGUGCCUCAAGGGCUGCGUCUCCUCCUCCGACUGGGGCAACCUCGGCUCCGCCUCGUGCACCAAGGCCACCAAGCAAUACGACUACUCAUCCCUGGCAGCAGUGCAGGCAGUGUGA